CGACGCUCGAAGAAUCGCAAUCGCACUCAAAUUCUCUCUCUAAAGCUCAGAAAGUUAAGAAGCUGAAAUCAAUUUACGAGAAUCUCUCUUGUGAAGGCUUCUCCGAUGAUCAAAUUGAACGAGCUCUCUCCGCUCUUAAGAGAUUUUAGAUGUUGCAUAGGUUAACACGAAGAAAAAGGGAGAUGAAGACGCGAAGUGAGAGGAUGGUGUUUUCAGAUGACCAAAGGUUUUAGGGAGAUAACUCAUCAGUCAUAUAAUUUUUUUUUUCUGUUUUCAUCUUUUUAAAUUGGAAUGCAAGUGAGGAGAAAGAUGGUAAGAGGAAGAAGAAAGGGGAACAUGGGAGGGAAUAUGAAAAGAAGGAAUUAAUGAAGCGACAUGCAAAACAUGUGCGGAGCUAUGCCGGAAUUCACAAGUCAAUGUUGGAUUCCGACAAGUGGUCUCUUUCAACAAAGACAAAAAUGAUCAAAGGUGGUUUGGGACCUAGUCUUUUAUAAGGAUGCUGCGUCCUUGGAGGCUGCGUUGGAUUGGUUGUGCUUAAAUUUGUCUCGGAGUGAACUACCUGUAAAGUUCCGUGAUGGAUUGUCUCUGCAUACAGGAGGGUCAAUCAGUGUGGUGUCUACUGCACAGGAAAAUUGGAUUUCCUCAAUUGAUACGACAGCAAGAUCCCAGGAUGAAGUGCUUGAAUAUUCUAUCAUAACUAGAAGCCGCCAUGAUGAUGACUCUUUGGAUUUACAUGAACCAUCCCAAGCUGAUUGGAUUCGUCAAUACAUGGAGAAAGAGGAAGAGAUGGAAUCUGAAUCUUGGGAAGAUAUGCUGUCAGACGAAGGCUCUUGCAAAAAGGUUGCUGAACCUAGGUCAUACGACACAGUUGUCCAAGAGUACCAAUCUGCACGUAUGGAGGCUAUUGCUGCUAAGGAGAAAGGGGACAAACAGAGCCAGGAAGUGGCUAGUAAAAGAAUUCGAAUGCUCAAGCAGGAGAUGUCAGCUUUAGCAGGGGAAUAUGAUGUACUCAUGUCUGAAAUUAGUAAUACGGAGGCAUGUUGUUCUGUUUACGAGGAAUACAAUUCUAGUCUAGAUGCAUUGGCUGAUCCAUUGAUUGGUAAAGUUGAGAUGGAGCAUUGCUUCAAGGAUGAGGUAGCAGAACAAAGUAUAACUGUCAAUGAUGUGGCAGCUUCACAAGAGGAUGGAGAAGACACAGAGCUUGGUAACUUGUUCAUUGAAGAUGAUUCAUUUAUUGCAGCCUUGCCUCUUCAAGUCUCGAUGACACAAAACAAAGUAAGGGUCAAAGAUAAACCAGCUAGCAAAGACUUGGAAAAAUUGGAGGGCAUCUGGAAGAAGGGUGAUGCGACGAGGAUUCCUAAAGCUGUUCUUCAUCAAUUGUGCCAAAGGUCGGGCUGGGACCCUCCAAAAUUUGACAAAGUGGGUAAAAAAGGAAGUGGUUUCAGUUACUGUGUUAGCGUGGUGCGUAAAUCUACUGGGAGGGGUAAGAACAGAAGAUCUGGUGGUUUGAUCACUCUGCAGCUGCCUGGGCAGGACGAAAGUUUUAAUUCUUCUGAGGAAGCGCAGAACAGAGUAGCUGCUUUUGCCCUUUACCGCCUGUUUCCUGAUAUACCCACUCGGUUUCUGAUUACUGAGCCAUACGCUUCACUUAUUGUGAAAUGGGAGGAAGGAGAAUCAUCAAACAUGAUUGAAGACACUUUGGAAGAUCGAAGGGCUGGUUUUGUGGAUUCGUUGUUGAAUGCUGAUUCCUCAGUAGAGAUUACUUCAGCUUAUGUUGCUGACGUUUCAAAUCAGAACGAGGUUUCUGAUGUGUGUAGUGAAAAAUCUGCUGCUGCUGCUUUCUACUGGGAUAACUCUCUGAUGGAAAAGGAGUGUUUCUUGUUAAGACAAGAACUAGAAAAUAAACGGAAGACACCAAGAUACAAGAGCAUGUUGGAAGCGAGAGCAGGACUUCCUAUUGCAAAAUCAAGGGAUGAAAUAUUAUGGUCUCUGAAACAGAAUAAUGUUGUCGUUGUUUGCGGGGAAACAGGUUCUGGGAAGACUACUCAGGUUCCACAAUACAUAUUGGAUGACCUGAUUGCGGCUGGUCGUGGUGGGCAUUGCAACAUUGUUUGUACACAACCACGAAGAAUAGCAGCAAUAUCUGUUGCUGAGAGGGUCGCUGAUGAGAGAUGUGAACCUGCACCUGGCUUAGAUGGAUCAUUGGUUGGUUACCAAGUUCGGCUAGAUACUGCAAGGAAUGAUAGAACCAAGCUUCUUUUCUGUACAACUGGUAUUCUUUUACGACAAAUUGCGGGGAACAAAAGCUUUCAUGGUGUUACUCAUGUUGUAGUCGAUGAGGUGCAUGAACGCUCUUUAUUGGGCGAUUUUCUACUUAUUGUCUUGAAGAAUAUACUGGAAAACCAAUCUACUCAUGGCACUCCAACAUUCAAAGUCAUACUCAUGUCUGCAACAGUUGAUUCAAAUUUGAUUUCAAGAUAUUUUGGUGACUGCCCAGUAAUUACCGCGGAAGGUCGAACUUAUCCUGUGUCAACAAUCUUUCUUGAAGAUGUAUAUGAAGAAAUCGACUAUCAUCUUCCGUCGGAUUCUCCAGCCUGUUUAGGUUUCAAGACAUUUGGCCAUAAGAUUGUCGGUGGUUCUAUUGACAAUCGUAGAGGGAUGAAAAAUCUUGUCUUAUCAUCACUGGGCGAUGAAGCUCUUCUAGCUGAAGAAUGCAUGAACCCACAGUAUAAUCCAAGAGCAUAUCAGUCGUACAGUGAGCAAACGCGACUGAAUUUGAGAAAGUUGAAUGAAGAUGUAAUUGAUUACGAUCUUCUUGAAGACUUGGUGUGUUAUAUUGAUGAACAUUCUGGUGAUGGGGCCAUUCUUGUUUUCCUGCCUGGCAUGUCAGAGAUUAACAGAUUGCAUGACAAGCUCGCUGCUUCAUAUCGCUUUGGUGGAGAAUCUUCUGAGUGGCUCUUGCCAUUGCAUUCAUCUGUAGCCCCAGCUGACCAAAAAAAGGUGUUUUUGAAGCCACCCAAAAACACACGUAAGCUGGUUUUAUCGGGAGAUAGCAAAGCGAUGCAUGACUUGGUUUGUGUUUGUGACUUUGUGUUUGUCUUUUGCCACUUAGUUACGACAAUUUCUGGUGGAUGGAAUUAUCUGGAUGUAAAAGAUUCUGGAAAGCACAAGGAAUAUCGUUAUGACCCCCGGAAGAAACUCUCAAUGAUGGUUGAAGAUUGGAUAUCCCAAGCAAAUGCAAAGCAAAGACGAGGAAGAGCUGGAAGAGUAAAACCUGGUACCUGCUUUUGCUUGUAUACACGGCAUAGAUUUGAAAAUCUGAUGCGACCGUUCCAGGUUCCGGAGAUGCUACGGAUGCCUCUGGUGGAAUUAUGUUUGCAGAUUAAGCUGCUUUCUCUGGGCGACAUAAAAUUGUUUUUAUCCAAGGCACUUGAUAUGCCGAAGGAUGAAGCUGUAAACUCCGCCAUAUCAUCAUUAAAAGAGGUUGGUGCUGUUGAUAAACAUGAAGAGCUGACUCCCCUUGGGCAUCAUUUGGCCAAAUUGCCUGUUGAUUUGCUGCUUGGAAAGAUGAUGUUAUAUGGUGCUAUAUUCGGCUGUCUAUCACCUAUCCUUUCGAUUGCUGCAUUUUUAAGUUACAAAUCGCCAUUUGUUCACCUGAGAGACGAGAGAGAAUUUCUCGAAAGAUCAAAACUGGCAAUUUUGUCAGACAAGACAGAUGGAUCAAGCAGUAUAGACGAUAAGGAGGGCCAAUCUGAUCAUAUCAUUAUGAUGAUUGCCUACAAAAAAUGGGAGAAGAUUCUCCGAGAGAAAGGAGUUAAGGCUGCUCAAUUUUUCUGUAAGGUACACGCUCUCAGCGGCUCAGUUCUGCACAUGAUAAGAGAUAUGCGAGUGCAGUUUGGAACACUAUUGUCAGACAUUGGACUAGUCCAUCUUCCUGAAGAUUAUCAGGGUAGGAAGAAAGGAAAUCUUGACAGCUGGUUUUCUGAUGCAUCACAACCAUUUAACAAGUAUGCCAAUCAUUUUCCAGUGGUGAAGGCAAUAUUGUGUGCUGGGUUGUAUCCAAAUGUGGCAGCAACAAUAGAGGGUAUACAUGCUCCAGCUCUCGGUAAUCUUAGGCAAUCGCUUAAAUCUAUUUCUAAGGGAAGCCCAGCCUGGUAUGAUGGAAGAAGAGAAGUUCAUAUACACCCUUCUUCUGUCAAUGGUGAUUCAAAGACUUUCCAACAUGCGUUUCUGGUGUUCCUUGAAAAGGUUGAAACCCGCAAGGUUUUCCUGCGAGACACUACAAUCAUCUCUCCAUAUUCUCUUCUACUUUUUGGGGGUGCCAUUAAUGUGCAGCAUCAGUUGGGACUUGUCACGGUAGAUGGUUGGUUGAAGAUAACUGCACCAGCACAAACUGCUGUGCUGUUCAAGGAACUCCGCUCAACUCUCCAGUCUGUUCUUAAUGGAAUGAUUCGUAAGCCACAGAGGAUAGCAGUUGAGAACGAAGUUGUACGAUCCAUUAUUCAUUUGUUGCUGGAGGAAACCAAACCUCAAGCAUAAUCUGUAAUUAAAGCAAUACAGUUGGACGUUUCAAUCUUCAGAUGAGGUUAUUAGGUGAUGAAUUCAAACAAUUCAACACAUGUUUAUGUAUUGGGAUUGCGGGAGGUUCCCCAAUUUGAUUUGGGAUAAGCUUUGCACCCUCAAAUUCUAGGAUUCUGCCUUUUGAGGAGAAACUCAUGGUACCCUGAGUGCAUGAUCAGCCAUAGAAGAAAGUGAAUUCCUUGUUAGUUUAAUCUUUAAAAUUCCAGGAAGGUUUCUUAUUUCAAUGGCCUUGCGAUUUAUUGUCUUGUGGAACUUUGUCGUUGAAGUUCUUUUUCUGUAAUACAUAAAGGUCUACACCAAAAAUUGCCAACUGAAGUU